AUGGAGUCCACUCCUCAGAUUCUACCUGGGCUUCAGGAACCCUUGUUUGGUCAGCGAAAUAGCUCUGUUCUGUUCCUGACGCAAAAUGUGUCUCCCGCGCGGGUGAGCGCAGUGGGACUACUUGCCGUCAUCUUGCUGGGAGCAUACGCAGACAGGUAUCUGAUCCCAAUAAUAUGGCGCAGCAAGCGUAAAACAAUGCGUCUACUGACCGAGUUCUACGCGGAUCAAGACGGAGUGGCGACGGCGGAUUCUAUCAAAAAGGCCUCAGCCUCAGCGUGGAAUAUCCACCGCCUGACGGGGGCAUGUGUUGGACUUGGUGGCGGGAUCUCCAUCGCGAAGAUUGCACUGUCUCUGAGACUUCAACGGCGCGCUGUGUCGGUGAUAGACUCGUUGCAAGUUGUUAUCUGGGCAUUUCUGGGCCUGCAAUGUAGCGCUCUGUUUCUCCGUCUCCCGGCUCCUGCACCUUACUCAAUUGCAUUGCGCGCUGCGCUUAGUUGCGCGGUGGCGGUCAUUGUCCUCUUCGUGCAGCUAAAUGACCUUUACGAUGCAAAUGAACAUUUGACGCUGGAAAGCCUCCUCAUCGGGCUUCAAAUUGCUGCGAGUCUCUGCGCAAUUGUCUCGAAUCUCCUGGUCCCGCGCCGGCCCGAUUUAUUUCACCACGGGACUCCCGUGGAUCGAGAAUACUCGACCUCCUACCUGGGAUGGCUGAGCUUCAGCUGGAUAGCGCCAUGGCUGAAAACGAUGAAAACAUGCACAGUGCGGAUCAGCAACUUGCCCCAGCUCGGCUACAGCUUGCGGGCUGAGAGUGCACUCCGCACAUGCUUUCAGAUGAUGAGCGGUGGAACUGCCGGCGCUCAAGGGUUAUGGGUGGUGAUUCUACGGUCCGAGCUUGGUCUUCUGUCCUGGCAGGGGAUCAUCACGCUGAGCUCAUCCCUCCUGGGAUUCGUGCCCCAGUUCGCCGUGAUGAGGAUUCUCGCGACGCUAGAGAACGACCGGCAGGGUGAAAGAGACGAGGCCCGCUUAUACACGUUCCUCGUCCUUCUCUGCGCUUCAACCAUGGUAACAGCUAUCCUGGAUAGCUUGAAGUAUUGGAUCUCGUACGGCAAGCUUUCCAUCCGCGUGCAGCAGCGGCUGACAGUAGCCCUCUUCGACAAGGCCGUUCGCCGGAAUGUAGGCCCGGCAUGCUCGUCGAAGACAGGCAGAGCGAAGGGAAAUAAUGUCGACGGUCCGUUGAAUCCUAUCAGCUUGGCGGCGGUGGAUGCGAAGACCGUCGCAGACUUCGUCAGCAUGACCUUUCAGCUCUACGAAACGCCGGCAAAGCUGCUUGUGGCAUCAGUUUUCCUGUGGAAUCUUUUGGGUUGGGAAGGCCUGCUGGCCUGUGGGAUCGUCCUCGUUCUCACAGGCUGCGGCAACUCGUACACUGUCAAGAGAUAUUCUCAGAGUCAGCGCAAUCUGCACCAGUCCCGCGACCAAAGAUUGACUCUCGUCACGGAGGUGCUACGGGGCAUCCAGCAUGUCAAGUUCGCCGCCCUUGAGGACCGGUGGGAAGGGCGAGUCGGUGACCUGCGCGGCCAGGAGAUGCGCGCGCAAUGGUCCGCGUAUCUGUGGCAGACCUUCCUGUUCUCUCUGUACUUUCUGAGUCCGAUUCUGCUCUCGGUGGCGGGUCUGGGGGUGGCACUGCUGAGAAACCGUGAUCUGACUGCGACCACUGCCUUCACGACGAUCACUGUGCUGAAUUCUAUUGAGAUGUCGCUGAGCGUGCUGCCAGAUACUGUCUCAAUGUUCGCCAACGCGUUUGUGAGUAUGCAGCGCCUCAGCCUCUUCUUCGCGGAGCCCGACCACGUGUCGAGCGUGAUGCCGUCCGAGGUGAUUGAAUUCCGGGAAGCGACACUGGCAUGGCCAUCGUCCCCAGCGUCCCUUAGCGGCGUGAAUCUAAGAUUCCCCACGGGUGCAUUGAGCAUCAUCACCGGCGCCACAGGAACGGGGAAGAGUCUCCUCCUGGCCGCCAUCCUUGGAGAAUCCGAUCUACUCGCUGGUACGAUUAGCGCCCCGACUCCGCUGUACAUCCAGUCUGAGACCGGUCAAUACUCGCGUGGCCGGGUAGCAUACGUUCCCCAGGCCCCAUGGAUUGAGCGAGGAACGAUCAGAGACAACAUUCUGUUUGGAACCCCCUUCAGCGCGGACAGGUACGCGCUGGUCCUGUUUGCCUGCGCCCUGGAAAAGGAUCUGGAGCGGUUACCUGCCGGAGACCUCACGGGGAUUGGCACUGACGGCGUCAAUCUGAGCGGUGGGCAGAGAUGGCGGGUGAGCCUUGCGCGGGCACUGUACAGUCCCGCGCAGACCCUCCUGCUAGACGAUUUCUUCAGCGCCGUGGAUGUGCAUACGCGGGCCCACCUGCAUCGUCAUGCGCUGAUGGGAGAGAUCGCCCGCGGGAGGACCCGGAUUCUUGUGACGCAUCAUGUCGAUGUUUGCCUGUCCUCGGCGGAAUAUCUGGUGUCUCUGGGCAAUGGCACUGCGGUUGCGAUGUCGGUGGAGGAUGCUCGACGGGAGCAAUUGGGCAAGGUGCACCCUGUGGUGACCGUUGAUAAUGAGGGCCUGCAGGAACCUGAGCCUCAGAUAGAACAUAUUCAGGCUUCUCGUAGAGAUGACGAGGAAACCGCAGGAUUGAGCUGGGACGCACUUCAGGCAUACGCGGCCCGAGGAGGUUCACCAUUCUUCUGGGUUCUGGUAAUCGUGUCCUUUGUCGGCUAUAGCGGACUCUUGCUGGGUCGGGCCUGGUGCAUCAAGCUCUGGACCAGCCGAAAUGCCAGCACACCAGAACCCGAUCAUCUGCAAUAUUAUCUUGCCGUCUACCUUGGGCUAUCCCUCAUCACUGGCAUGGUUGGAAUCACCCGCUGCUAUCUCAUCAUCUGCGUUGCCUUUCGAGCUUCCCAGCGCCUGUUCAAUCAGAUGCUCCAUACAAUCCUCCGCGCCCCGCUGCAAUGGCACGCUGCCGUCCCCUCUGGCCGCAUUCUGGCCCGGUUCUCCUCUGAUGUGAGCGUGAUCGAUUCCCGGCUGGCAAGAGACCUGCGCAACACCCUCGACCGCGUCGCCGAUGUCGCCAUGGCCCUUGCGGCAGGGUCCUUCGUGAGCCCCCUCGUCCUACUCGUCGCAGCUGCAUUGGUCCUUCUGUAUCAUCGCUUCGCACACACCUACUUGCGCGCAUCUCGCAUGCUUAAUCGCCUCACCAGCGCCGCUAAAGGCCCCAUCUACGGCCACUUCGAUGCCUGUCUGGCCGGACUCCCCGUCAUCCGUGCCUUCGGCCGCGUCGAUGCCUACCGCCAGUCAUUCCUCGACAAGGUCGACGACCACAGCCGGGCAUACUUCUCUCUCCGCCUGCUCAACCGCUGGCUGGGUUUCCGCAUCAACAUGAUCGGCGCGGGAUUCUCCGCCGCCUCCGCCGCGUUGAUUGUCUCACUGCGCGACGUCGAUGCCGGCACCGCCGGGUUCGCGCUCAGCUUCACCAUGCAGAUCUCCGCCUCCAUCGGGCUGGUCAUCCGCUACUACGCCUUCCUCGAACAGGAUAUGAAUAGCGUGGAGCGGGUGCGAGAGUACGCGCGGCUCGAGACGGAGCGGUACGAAGGCCGCGAUGCGCCCGCCAGCUGGCCCACCCGGGGUCGUAUCGAGGUCUCCGAUCUGGCUGUGCGACACGCGCCGCACCUACCUUCCGUGCUGCAGGGCAUCACUUUCCGGGUGGAGGAGGGCGAGCGAGUGGCUGUGGUAGGCCGCACGGGUGCCGGCAAGUCCUCGCUUGUUCUGGCGCUGUUUCGGAUCCUUGAAGCGGCACAGGGUCAGAUCUUGGUGGAUGGCAUUGAUAUCUCGCAGCUGAAACUCCAGAUGCUCCGCGGUAGGAUUGCAGUUAUUCCGCAGGAUCCGGCGAUCUUCCGCGGGACGAUCCGUUCGAAUCUGGACCCGUUCGACGAGCACGAGGAGAGCGAGCUCCUUGAGGCGCUGGAAAGCGUCCGGUGGACGCUUGACGCUCCGGACGCAUCCGGUGAGCGUUCGCCUCUGGAUCGCCUGGUGGCGGCCGGGGGGAGCAACCUCUCGCAGGGCCAGCGCCAGCUGCUCUGUAUCGCGCGGGAGAUCGUCUGGCGACCCAAGGUCUUGGUGCUGGAUGAGGCGACGUCGGCGGUGGACAAGCAGAGUGACCGGCUGAUCCAGCAGUGCGUCCGGACGGUCUUUGGGGGCGGCUCUACCACGCUGCUGGUCGUUGCGCAUAGGCUGAGCACGGUGGCUGAUUUUGAUCGGAUCCUGGUGCUGGAUGCUGGCAGGGCGGUUGAGUUUGGGACUCCGCUGGAGCUGAUGGAAAGGGAGAAUGGGAUCUUUCGGGAGAUGGUCGAGCAGGAUCAAGAGAGAGUCGUACUGAAGGAAAUGAUUGCCAGAGGGAGAUGA